AUGGACAUUGGGGGAACUCUGGUAAAGCUCUCUUAUUUUGAACCUAUCGACAUCACAGCAGAGGAAGAACAAGAAGAAGUUGAGAGCUUAAAAAGUAUUCGGAAAUAUCUGACUUCCAAUGUAGCAUAUGGAUCCACUGGCAUUCGGGAUGUACACCUUGAACUGAAGGAUUUAACGCUUUUUGGUCGAAGAGGAAACUUGCACUUUAUCAGAUUUCCAACCCAGGACCUGCCUACUUUUAUCCAAAUGGGAAGAGAUAAAAACUUCUCAACAUUACAGACGGUGCUGUGUGCUACAGGAGGCGGUGCUUACAAGUUUGAAAAAGAUUUUCGCACAAUUGGAAACCUCCACCUGCACAAACUGGAUGAACUUGACUGCCUUGUAAAGGGCUUGCUGUAUAUAGACUCUGUCAGUUUCAAUGGACAAGCAGAGUGCUAUUAUUUUGCUAAUGCCUCAGAACCUGAGCGAUGCCAAAAGAUGCCUUUUAACCUGGAUGAUCCCUAUCCACUGUUAGUAGUGAACAUUGGCUCAGGAGUCAGUAUUUUAGCAGUCCAUUCCAAAGACAACUAUAAACGAGUGACUGGGACAAGCCUUGGAGGGGGUACCUUUCUGGGUUUAUGCAGUUUAUUGACUGGCUGUGAAAGUUUUGAAGAGGCUCUUGAAAUGGCAUCCAAAGGAGAUAGUACCCAAGCUGACAAGCUGGUUCGUGAUAUAUAUGGAGGAGAUUAUGAAAGAUUUGGCCUGCCAGGUUGGGCUGUAGCAUCUAGUUUUGGGAAUAUGAUUUAUAAGGAGAAGCGAGAAUCUGUUAGUAAAGAAGAUCUGGCAAGAGCUACUUUAGUUACUAUCACCAAUAACAUUGGUUCUGUGGCACGAAUGUGUGCUGUUAAUGAGAAAAUAAACAGAGUUGUCUUUGUUGGAAACUUUUUACGUGUCAAUACUCUCUCAAUGAAACUUUUGGCAUAUGCACUGGAUUAUUGGUCAAAAGGUCAACUGAAAGCAUUGUUUCUAGAACACGAGGGAUACUUUGGAGCAGUUGGUGCACUUCUUGGACUGCCAAAUUUCAGCUAAGCAAUCGAGCAGAUCUCUCGCUGCUAAUAAAUGUCAUCCAAGAGGAACUGAAGCAAGGCAUUAUUACUGCGUUGUCACUGGGAACCAAAGGAUAAAAAAGUAGCACUAUUCCUAUUGUUUUUAAAUCUCAGAAUGGUAAGCUGCUGAAUGUUGCCAUAUUAAAAGAGAAAGCUCAGUAACAUGAAGUAUUUCUAAUCGAAAUGCUUUUCCUUCUGUAUAUAGCCAGUGUUAAAUCUUUAAAUGCAAUACAGCCUCUGAUUGUUGAGCUUCCUCUCAAAAAAGAUUUUCUAUUUAUUUUAUGUAGCCAACAUUGCAGUACUGUAUGCUCAAAAACAAAUCUUAAAGUCUCAGAAAUGUUUGUUUAGCUUAUGAAAAUAAUUGAUUCCGAAUAUUUGUUAUAAGUCUGUUUUAUGUGUGUUUUGGUUACUAGUAAGCAGACAGUAACAUAUCCCAUAUCAAAAAUUAUUGAAAUGGUAAUCAAAGAUGAUUUUUUAUGUGAUUUUAGAAAUGUUAAGGCAAUCUGAUUACUGCAGUUUUUCUAAUAUACGCUCCUCCCCACCAAGAAAAGCAUGUUUAUGUGAUCUUUUCCCCUGAGGGUACAACUCUUCUCAAAUACCAUUAUUUAAUUGAAAUACUGUUGUUAAAUUUUAGCCUGAUUGGAGGCUUAGUUAUGGAUUUGGGAAUCUGUCUAAUAAGGUCCUAAGACUAUUCUAGUGGAAUAUGGUUUGAGUGUAUUGAUAAAGUUCUGUGCUUUUUCUUUACCGUAUUUCUCUCUAAGGCGCAAACUUAGUUGUUUCUUUUUAUUACAUCUGAACCAUCAAAGCUAAAGAUUUUUAUUCUAUCGAAACUAAAGAUUUUUAUUCUAUUAUGAACAAUAACAGCAAAAUCACAUUUAUUCUAAGUGGACAUUAUGGAAAUCUAAAAGAUGAGUUGUUUCGAAACUGUGAGCAUUUGUGAGUACUGCAAAAUUAUAAAAGAAUCAGUGUUUUGUACAUUCUGGUAAUAAGAGCAUUAUAGUUCCAAAAUUUGUAAAUCCUUUUGCCUUGGAAUUUAUUCCCUAUUUUGUAUUUAUUUUUUACAAUGUUAUAAAAUUCUUUGCAUUUUAACAUUGGCAGUAUCAUUUUGGAGGUUCAGUAGUUCCGUGAAGUUGUUCAAAUCUGUUGGCUUAAGGUUUCAGAAGUAGAAAGAGUGGGUGGGUAUUCGCCUCUUUAAAUUACCAAUAAAUCUGGAUAUACUUUGAAGAACUUAAAAAUUGUUUACAUUACACAAAGGAAGUAUUACUAUAUGUUUUUACAGACCACAAUUUUGCUCAAUAGAGAGCAAUUUUCAGUAGACCAUCAAGAGGUGCUCAAUAAAGACAUUUCUACAUGUAGUUUUCAAAUUUUGUGCUCAGUUGUUUAAAAUUCUUUUUUUUUUUUUAACCUAAAGACAUGAACAUAUGAAUAAUAAAAGUGAGUAUUUAGGGAGGAAAGCAUGUAAAGUUAAUUUUUUAGAAUUUAGGCUAUUUGGAAAUUUGAAUUUUUGUCAUUCAGUAGCCAUUUUAACAAUUUACAGUGACUUCAUGUUUCUUGCUUUAAGGUUUUCAUUGUAAUCACUAGGUAUUUCAGCCCAAAUGCCAUUGGUUCAAUUUAUUUUAAAAGUUUCUUGUUUAGGCAUCUGUACAGGUAAGAAUCUUAUCGAAUAAAAGUAAGUACAAGUUUUAUACUUGUGGCAAAUUCUGUACAUUAGCAACUUUAGGUUUAGGACAGUCAUUAAGGAAAAAAUGGAAUUUUGGUCGAAGUCUAUUAAUUUGAUCACUGUGGUUAAUAUGGAACUAUGAUUUAUAUAUUUAUCCUUUGAAACUAAAAUGAUCUGCCUGUAAAGUAAACAACCAUCUCACUACUAUUACUCUUAGCUUUUCCUUUAUGUAAUUGUAAUCUAGAAUUGCUGGAGUAAUAAUACGAACACAGAAUUGUAAUGAGGGCUGCCAAAAUUCUAAUUUUUUAUUAUGAUCUCAAGAAAUUCCCUUUAAGCAUGCUGUGGUAAAUAGGUUUGGUUCUAAUGUCAGUCAACAUAAUGCUUCUAAGCUCUAUAUUCUUGAACAGUGCUGUCUAAUAGAAAUACAAUGUAAACUACGCGUGUAUUUUACAUUUUCUAGUUAAGUACAUUAAAAAAGUAAAAAGAAACACAUGAUAUUUAA